ACAGCGCGUACCGUCCACCACGCAGUGCCGGCUUACCGCCAACACACCACGGCAUCACUCGUAUAAUAAAUUUCUUUUUAGAAAAUCCAAAUAUGAGUGUUGUAAUCCUUGCAUUUAUCGCCAUAUUGGCAUACCUUUUUUUCGCGCGGAAAUCCGUCACGUGGAAGAAUUCGAAAUCCAAACUUGACAAGUCCGUCGUUUUAAAAAGCGCGCCAGGACCGAUCCCUUUGCCUGUCAUCGGCAGUUUGCAUUUGUUGGGCAAGCACGAGUCACCCUUUCAAGCAUUCACGGAGUUGGCUAAACACCAUGGAGACAUAUUCAGCAUUCAAUUAGGCAGUACACCGUGUUUGGUUGUAAACAAUCUGGAAUUGAUCCGAGAAGUAUUGAACCAGAAUGGAAAAUUCUUCGGUGGCCGUCCUGACUUCCUGAGGUUUCACAAGCUCUUCGACGGCGACAGAAAUAAUUCGCUGGCCCUUUGCGACUGGUCGAAUCUGCAGCUCCGCCGCCGGAACCUCGCGAGACGCCACUGCGGGCCUAAACAGCACACCGACAGCUACGCAAAAAUCGGUAACGUGGCCACAUUCGAGUCCAUAGAACUGAUUCAAACUUUAAAAUCCAUCACCAGAUCCACUGAAAGCAGCAUAAACUUGAAGCCAAUACUAAUGGGUACGGCCAUGAACAUGUUUGCCCACUAUAUGUGCAGCGUCCGGUUUGACGAGAACGAUCCGGAAUUCAAGAAAAUCGUCGACCAUUUCGACGAGAUCUUCUGGGAAAUAAAUCAAGGAUAUGCCGUCGAUUUCCUGCCUUGGCUGGCACCGUUUUAUAAGAAACACAUGGAUAAAUUGUCCAAUUGGUCACACGAUAUUAGAUCCUUCAUUUUAUCCAGGAUUGUUGAGCAGAGAGAGAUGAAUCUAGACGUAGAAGCCCCCGAAAAGGACUUUCUAGAUGGUCUGCUAAGAGUUCUACACGACGAUCCAACGGUAGAUAGAAACACAAUCAUAUUCAUGCUAGAAGACUUCUUAGGCGGUCAUUCAUCUGUGGGCAACCUUGUGAUGCUCUGUCUGGCAGCUGUCGCGAGAGAUCCGGAGGUUGGUAAGAGGAUUCGAUCGGAAAUCGAUGGAUUCAUAAAAGGAAAACGAGCGAUCGGCCUCUCGGACAGAAGCAAUCUUCCAUACACUGAAGCUACCAUCCUGGAAUGUUUAAGAUAUGCAUCAUCGCCGAUCGUGCCUCAUGUGGCCACAGAGAACGCAGCAGUCGCCGGCUACGGCGUCGAAAAAGGCACUGUUGUGUUCAUUAACAACUACGAAUUGAAUACUUCAGAACAGUACUGGGAGAAACCGGAGAAAUUUGAUCCAUCCAGAUUUUUGGAGAAGAGCAAAGUCCGUGUACGAAGAAAGUCACAGUGCGACUCGGGUAUGGAGUCGGACAGUGAACGAAACGGUCCCAUAGACAAAACCACCGAGAUCGAAAAGGAAGUCACAUCUGUCAAGAGGAAUAUACCUCAUUUCCUGCCGUUUAGCAUCGGAAAAAGAACGUGUAUAGGUCAAACUUUAGUCACCACAAUGAGUUUUGUAAUGUUUGCAAACAUAAUGCAGGAAUUUGAGGUAGCCGCUGAAAAUUUAGAGGAUUUGAAACAAAAACCAGCGUGUGUAGCAUUACCUAAGGAUACGUUUAAUUUAUAUCUUGUACCACGGAAACACUGAUUAUAUUUAUUCUCUCAUUUUAGGUUUAGACUCUCGAGAUCAGCGAUAUAAGUAUAAAUUUCAUUUACCAAAUCAGGCACAGCAAAGUGAUAGAGAUAGAGAAGUUUAGUUUAAAAAAUAACAUUAAAUUCAUUUUGUCUAUAGUUUUCUUCUUGUCUUUUUUUUUUCUUAAUUCUAUUCUACCAACAUACUGUUGAUUUCUUGUGUAAAUUAAAAAUAAUAAAAUAGACGUGGCUUGACUCGAGGUAAUCGCUCAAAAUAUUUAUUUAUUUUUCGAAUUAUUGAUGGAGUAGGUUAUUUUGAAGGGAUCCCAAUACGCUCAUUUGGAACGCAAAAUAUUGCUCUGUAUUUCCAAUAAAAAAAAAGGGCCGCGCAUUGCGAUUUUUUUUUUUUAACUUUUUUAUUAUAUGACUUUAACAACGACUGCAUUCUGUUUGGUGGAUAAUCGAUUUAAUUUUAUUAUACAAUAGUCUUAUGCAUUUCUUGGAUAAUCACAGAUUAGAUAUUUUUUAUUAAAAAAAAAAAAACAUUUACCGUUGUAGAAAGAGAUCAAAUUAUAAGUGUUUUUAUUAGAAUUUUGAGAAUUACUGGAUGCAUUUAUAUAGAAUAGACGUACUCUUUCGUAGGCUGUUAGAUGUUAUUUCUUUUGUAGUAUCAUAUUAAAAAUCUUUGUAAAAAAUAUACUUAGAUAUCUAUACAUUUUAUUGUCCAUAGACGUAGUUCUUUUUUUAAUAUUGUAUUUUUAAUAAAUAUUUUUAUACAUGGCAAAUAAAAAGUAUAUUUAUAUAUAAUAUGUUUUUGCUUUACUAGUGAAACUGAACACUUUUCCCAGAUAGACAUAUGUUAAAAAUACAAAUAAAUAUUUUAAAUACUUUUUGUACUUAUACCAUAGAUUAAGCAUGAUACUUUUCUAUGACUAAUAUAGAAAGUUCAACUGUCAAAUUAGUACAGUAGGUUUCGAAUAUUUCGUUAUUUUACGACUCGUGUUUUGGGCAAAAAUAUUGUUUUAGUUUCACUAGUAAAAAGACUUUAAAAUAUGCUACAGAUUUCCAUUUUUCAUAUGUUUGUAUUUACUUAAUUAUAUGUCUAUCUUGAAUUUAGUUGCUAGCGUAUCUUGAUGUUUUCUUUUUAUUUGAAAAAAUUUUCAUCGACGGCUGUCGUAUUUUUGUAUUUUUUUUUUAAUGUUGGUGAUUAUUUCCAUUUUUAAAAUUAAUAUAGAUUAAUGAAAUCGAGACUUGUAGAUUAUAUACUAAAUGACCCACAGAUCCUAAAUCUAUGUUCAGGACAAACGUAAAUAAACAGAAGCAUAGACAAUAAAAUACAGUAAACACCAUUGUUAUGUCUCUUUUAUUUUCAUUAAAAGAAAUAUAUUAAAAAUAAUAUAUUUCUUUUUUUUUUCUUCAAAAUUAGUAAUAAUAUUAAAGAAAGAGAUAAAAAAACGAAUUUAUUCUGGUUAGAUAGUUUUUUUUUUUUAUGUACCGUAACUUCUAUAGAAUUAGAACAAGCUCGUUUCUUAACUAUGUCAAUUUUCAUUUUGGUUACCUUUAAUGUUUGGUUUUUAAUUUUUUUUUUUUUUUUUUAUAAAUGUUGAUGUUUAAAAAAGGAAUCUUCUAUGUUAAUUUUUUUAAAAAUUAUUCGUGUGUGUAAUGUGUAUUCGUAAUGUUUGGUAGAUUUUUGUUUCUCUCGUGUUAUUUUGUUUUUUCUUUUUUUUUUUAUCUGAAAAAUGUAUAAAAAUAAUAAUAGCGUAGUAAAAUUGUGAUCAGUAGCUAGUUUAGAGGUACGAAGCUGUAGAUGUAACAUUAAAUAAAAAAAAAAUAAUUAUAGUAAUUAUUAUGCAAUCAA